AUGGACCAAAAUAAUUAUAGUUCUCUACAUGAUUUUAUUCUGCUUGGCUUCUCUGAUCAUCCCAAACUGGAGAUGGUCCUGUCAGGAGUUGUCGCUAUCUUCUAUUUAAUUACAUUGGUGGGCAACACAGCCAUCAUUCUUGCAUCUCUCCUGGAUUCCCACCUACACACACCAAUGUAUUUUUUCCUUAGGAAUUUAUCUUUCCUAGAUCUGUGUUUCACCACCAGCAUUGUACCUCAGAUGCUAGUUAACCUGUGGGGAUCUGAUAAGACCAUCAGCUUUGUAGGUUGUGUCAUUCAACUUUAUGUUUAUAUGUGGUUGGGCUCCAUUGAGUGCCUUCUCCUGGCUGUUAUGUCCUACGAUCGUUUUACAGCUAUUUGUAAACCUUUACAUUAUUUAGUAAUCAUGAACCCACAUUUAUGUCUCAAGAUGAUUAUCAUGGUAUGGGGUAUUAGUUUGACCAAUUCUGUGGUAUUAUGUACACUCACACUGAAUUUGCCUAAAUGUGGAAACAACCUUCUGGAUCAUUUCUUGUGUGAGUUGCCAGCUGUGGUCAAGAUAGCUUGUGUAGACACGACAGCAGUUGAAAUGUCUGUUUUUGGUUUAGGCAUUAUGAUUGUCCUUAUACCUCUCCUCCUUAUUCUUAUAUCCUAUGGUUACAUUGCCCGAGCUGUGCUGAGAAUGAAGUCAAAAGCAGGCCAGCGAAAAGCAAUUAAUACCUGUGGAUCUCAUCUCACUGUGGUGUCCAUCUUCUAUGGAACUAUCAUCUACAUGUACCUGCAGCCAGGUGACAGUGCCUCCAAAGACCAGGGCAAGUUCUUCACCCUCUUUUAUACUGUCAUCACUCCAAGUCUCAACCCCCUCAUCUACACCUUGAGGAAUAAGGACAUGAAGGAUGCACUGAAGAAGCUCAUAAGAGUUGACUAUGAAUCUACAAAAAUAAAGAGGAACUGGAAAUCAUAGGAAAAUGUUAUCGGAAAUAAGGCAGUGAACUAUGUCUUUUAAUUGGCUUAAUUUUUGCUGAGACAAGUA